AGACUUUUAUCCAGAAUUCAACAAAUGUUAAAAAGGAAUUAUCAUUAUUUAUUGUAUUAUGAGUGUGGGAGUAAUUGCUCUGCUGAUAGCUCUAAAGUAUGCUCCAGGGUCGGCAGAACCAACUGCUGAAAAUAUCAGGCUCCGAGGUGGCCCGACAGUAGGUCAAGGAAAAGUCGAAGUGAGCUUAGAUGGGAGAUGGGGAGCUUUAUGUUCUAAUCACUGGACUAUGAAUGAAGCAAACGUUGUUUGUCGGCAAUUAGGAUACGAAAGAGCAAUUGCGGCGUUGAGAGAAUCAUAUUAUGGAGAAGCUCGUGGACCGAUAUGGUAUCAAAGCGUCCGCUGUACGGGAUCAGAGAACGCAUUACAUGAGUGUAGACGAGUACGAAUCUCAAAAAAGAUCGCAAAAAAAUCGUAUGAGAAUGUCGAUGAAAUCAGAGAAUGCUCCUACCGACACCAAGCUGGUGUUGUCUGUGAAGAACCUAUUAAUCCUGAUAAAGAUAAGAUUGUCCUCACCGAAGCACUGAUUGGCAUUCAAUAUCAAAUCGUUUUGGUCGAACAUGAAGGGGAGAGGUAUCCAAUCUGCAAUAAAACUUUCACCAGCAAAGAAGCGAUUGUUGCUUGCAGGCAGUCUGCUGGAAAAUACGCGAAACUAGUCGGACAGAUUUCGAGAAAAUCACCCGACAUAGGUGUCACAUACCCAUCAGCUGUUUUUCUCAAACCUUGCACAGGAAAGGAAUCUUCGCUUCAGGAAUGCGGAAUUGAUUUUGUCAAUGGAUGCGAUGAAUACGCCACCGUUGUCUGUGAUAUAUAUGCUCCAGAUAUUAUGGUCAACAUCACCAGACUUCAGAAUUCAAUCGAACUGAAAUACAAAGCAGAGUUCAGGAUGGAGUGUGCAUGGGAAGAGGGAUGUAUGGGAGAAGAAAGUCUGAAUAAGACUAAGGUGAUGAUCAAAUCAAGCACAGAUGUCAGGAGGCUUCUCGUAUUUUCAUCUUAUGUGCAAAACUUUGGGAACGCUGAUUUCAGACCACCUGGUAUGAGAAACCUCUGGCACUUCCAUGAAUGUCACAAGCAUUAUCACAGCAUCACUGACUUUGCCUUAUAUGAAUUACGUUCCAAGGAUGAUGGUAAUGUGGUCCGGGUUGGCCACAAAGUCAGUUUUUGCCUCCGAGAUAACAGUUGUGUGAAUAGAUCAAGGAAGAGAUAUAACUGCCAUCCUCUGAUUCGUGAUGGAGACCAAGGAAUCUCGAUUGGUUGUUCCGAUCAUUACACGAACAAAUUAGACUGCCAGUGGAUAGAUGUCACAAAUGUUCCAUCUGGACCGUAUACUCUGGAGAUUCGUUCCAAUCCCUAUUUACUUGUUCCUGAGCAAGAUUAUUCAAACAACCAUGUUGUUUGUGAUAUCAAUCUCGGCAAUCAAAUAGUAGAAGGAACAAACUGUAGAUACCCUGACGACUUUGAAGUAUACGACGAUUGAAAUAGACGAGACCCAUUGUGCGUCAUAGACAAUAUUUUUGAGUUCAAAAAUCCCUACAAUUUAACAAUAAUCAGUAUUACACUUUGUUCUUAUAGAGGGCUCUUAAGUCGGCUCCCUGAAUUAUCCUAGUUGUUAAACAGAAUAUAAUAUACAGCGAAUAGUUAUGAUUCCCCUAUUUUAUACCAGAAAAACUUUAUUAAAAUAUUUCUGAGUACAUCAGUUUAUCAGCAUAAAAUAUUUUACAAAUUCUAUUGCAAGCGGCUACAAUUGAAAUUCUCAAAUUAAAUAAAAAGUCAUUCCACUAUGCUUUAAACGAGAAACCAGAAUGAAGCGCCAGAGUCUAUUGCACUGCAGUUUUCAAACGCAAUAUAGUGCAAAAAGCAAUCCAUAUGUACAUCUCUUAAUAUUAUUUCUGUACAACACUAAUUUAUUUAAGCAUUUUUAUUUUAUCAAACACAUUCAAUGUUGUUUUGAGCUUUCAUGAUUAUAUAUCACAAACUACCAAGCCUCGCAGACGCAGGGCAUAGGCAGUUAUCCGGUGAAGCCAUACCUUGACGAUUUUAUUGUUUUGCAGUUGUGAAAUUACAAGAAAUGUGCAUUUCUAAAGUUUGUUCUGAGCGUCCCGAUACUUAUUUGUUACCAAGUUACAAACGUACAAUUUUGAGGGGUUUGUAAUGACUUUUACCUCAUGUAUAAUAUUUUAAGUGUAUACUUUUAUUAAAACUGAAUCGAAAAA